UCCCUAAAAAUUUGGAAUAUUUACUUCGAAUAUUUACUUUGAACGACAAAUCUAAAGGAAAGGGUUCUUUUUAAAUGUCCUAGCUAGUCAUGACACUUGCGGAAGCAUAUCGUUCAUGUUGGUUAAUAGCAACAUUUGGUUUGGUUCUAUUUAUUGGUGGAGCCGGAGUUCUCUUUUGGAAUGAGGGAAGAGCCGUACACACGAUAAUGUCAUUAGACGAGGCCUUGGAUGAUGCUGUGACCCUGGAUGCUGGGGCCGAUGAGAUUGAGCCAAUUUACAAUGAUAGAAUUGUACAUAUCACUGGGCCAAUAAUUGUUGGAGAACCUCUGACAGAACCGGACUAUAAUAUUCAGGUUUUGGCUGUAAAGUUGAAGCGAAGAGUUCAAAUGUAUCAAUGGGUGGAAGAGACGGUGGAGCAUAAUUAUGGAGAGAGUGUAGCUUCAGUACAUACAGAAGACCGCACUUACUACUACACAAGAGAUUGGCGUGAUCACGUUGUUGAUUCACGUUCUUUUUAUAUACAAACUGGACAUCAAAAUCCCAGACAAUUUCCCAUUGAAUCUACGACGCAGACAGCAGAUGCUGUUUACAUUGGUCGUUUCGAGUUGGGUAGCGAUAUUAAAAACAUAUUCAGCAAUUACGUUGAAUUAACAUCGGAUACCAGACCUGAAGAUCCAUCUAUAAAAUUGCAUUUGGGUUUAUAUUAUCAUACGAAUGAUAUUUUUAAUCCUGAAAUAGGCGAUAUACGUAUUCUGUUCUCCUUUGCCGGAAUGGAGGGUGAAAUGUACACAAUAGUUGGAAAACUAGUGAAGAACAAAAUCGAACCAUACGUAACUAGUCAGGGUGUUAAAAUUUUACUCGUCUAUCCGGGCGAGCAUUCAUUGACUGAAGUGUUUAAAAAAGAACAUCAUGCUCAACGCUUAACCACAUGGGGCUUCCGUUUUAUGGGCUGGGUUUUGGUAUUUUUUGGUGUAACAUGUACAUCCACGUUGUUGCAUUUGAUAUUGUCACGUAUACAGUUUCUCUCAGCCCUUGCUCCAGAUCCACGAUUUCCGGUGGGUGCGAAUGUGUUACUUUCACUCUCUAUGGCUCUGGUCAUAACAGCUGUUGCUUGGAUUUUACAUCGACCCAUGAUUGGAGCUGGUUUGAUGUUUGCUGCGGCCUCACCAUUCGUGUGGUUUGCCAGAGGUGUUGCAAAUUAUCAAAGAGUCGAUUGACAGGAUGUAAGAAGAUCAUAAAAUUUGGAUCGGUUGGCAUGGUUUAUUAAACAUUUGUGAAGAAUAAUUACAAUGUAAGCUUCUAUAUCUUAUGAUUGUUAAUGCAUUUGUUUUCCGAAAAUUGAACUGAAAUGAACCCAUUAUUCAUAAAAAACAAUUGGUUAACAGUUAAAAAUAACUGGAUAUAACCUCCUGCUUAUGUUAUUACUUUAUUGAUAUUAUUUUUUGUUAUAAGACAUCUCAUAGAUUUAUUGAUUUAUUUUCAAAACAUAUUCAUUGUUUUAAGUUUGUGUUUACUUAAACUUUUACAUGUUUUAAAGUUUUUUUUUUUUAUUUUAAAACAAAAUAAAAAGAGUUUACCAAAGGA